GAAAUAUAACCUCUACAUUCCCAAGUUCUCCAUCAAGACUUCCUACACCCUGAACGCUGUGCUGUCCGAUAUGGGAAUGACGGACAUGUUUGGCGGGGCAGAUUUCGGAGGAAUUUCAGAGGCUCGAGGACUUUCCGUCUCCAAGGUCGUGCACAAAGCCACGCUGGACGUGGACGAGACCGGAGCCACGGCUGCAGCCGCCACGGGCGUCGGCAUCGAGAGGCUGGUCCCGGUCCCGGUCCUGGUCCCCGUGCUGAAGUUCAAUCGUCCAUUCCUGGUCCUCAUCGCUGACUCUAACACGGAGGAAAUCCUCUUCAUGGGCAAGAUCCUCAACCCUCUGGUCUGAGGGAUCAGCUGAUCUCAUAUAAAGGAGUCUGAAAACAUCCU